AUGCAGAAUGCCAUUUUCUUGUCGGAGUUGGAGCCAACUGAGCAACAGUUAGGGUGGACAAUUGAGAAAGAUGUAAUCGUUAUCUUGAUCAAAGGUUUCAUGGGGGAUAUCCAGGAGAAUUUCACAGCAGAAGUAAGAAGUUGGCAGAAGCAAGUUUCCAUAGGCUUGAGCAAGCGUUUGUCGGAUUUGAUGAAAGAGAUAACGUGCUUGCAAGAGGAACUAGUACCUCUUAGUAUGUCCCGAAGCAGUCGCGAGGGCAAGAUCUCUUUGAAAAUGAGAGGGAAGUCUUCAUCAGAAGGAGACAUUUCUAACAUCCUUGAUGAUUUCAAUGGAAGAGUUGGAAAAAUAGACGAAACAAAGCAGCUUAGCAUAGAGGAUUCUGAAGAAGACACAGCGACCCAUGUUACUAAGAUGAUAAAGAGUCAUGAAACCAUCAUCAGGAGAAAAAGUGAAGAGCUUAAAUCACAGAAACGAGAAAUUCUUAAGGAAAAAGGGUGUUCCUACUCUAGGAGAUCAGAAAAGGGUCCUGUUAGCCCAAGACAAAGGUUUCGAGAUGUUACUGAAAAACUGGGAAAUUUACUCCACUGGAGGGCAAACCUAGGUGAAACUUUUGGUUACCAUGGAGUUGAAGAUCACGAGGAAACUUCUUCAACGAAGAGGAUGUGUAACUUUGAUAUGAUAGAACAGGCAAAGUUUCAUGAAAUUGACGCUUCGGAGAAGGUGAAUAGCAUCUCAAUUUCUCAUGAUGCAAAUGAAGAGCUGCAGAAUGAAAUAAGAAAGCUGAAAAUGGAGAAAGAAGAUGCAAAUUUGCAAAAUGUGAUAGUGGAAGACGUUUACAUUACUCUUUUGGAAGGCUUAGUACAUGAAUGCUCCGCUGAGUUAAACAGUUAUGAUAUUGCGAUACCAGUAAGAGAAGGUAUAUCUGAACAUAUUUUGAAGGAAACGAUCAAUGAGUGGGAUGCAAAAAUCCAAGGUGAUGAGAUUGAAGAUCAGAUUACAGAGGAGAUGUUUUAUCUUGUCUCCAGAGAGGCACUGAAGGAUUGUGGCUCUACUCUUGACUCUGUGUUAACUGAGUGCCGGGAAGCCAGAGCUGAAAGUAGUUGUUUGCAAGAACAUAAUUUAGAGGGAACACUUAGGGAGGAAAUAUUCAUAACCUUCUUCGAAGAAAUUUUCAAGGAAUGGAAUGAGGCUAUAGAAAGGUAUGAUGGUGAAAGCAUCGUUAGGGAAGAUAUGUAUCAGAUUGCCUUUGAAGAGACCAUCAGAGAUAUGGCAGACACUGCAAAUCACAUAGGAAGCAAAUUCAAAGAGAUUGAAUAUCCAGAAAAUAGCGUGGAUUGGUUUCCUCAGGGUAAUAGUUUUCUUGAGUACGUAGAACAUUCAGUGAAGGAGGAUGUCUUUAUGGUUUUCCUUAAAGAAAUGUCUACAGAGUGGAAGGCAGAGAUAGAUUCCUAUGAUUUUGAAAACCUCAUUAGGGAAGACAUUUUCCUACUAAUUGUUAUGGAGGCAAUGGCAGAAGCACAUACCAUUUCUGGGGAAACUGAAGCACAGGAUCACUUCAAAAUAUUGGAAGAUUUCACCUCUGCUGAUGAGUUACAUAGAAUUCUAGAGAUUGGUAAAGAGAAGCAUUUAAUUCAAGAACAAGAUUCACUACCAAAGCACGAAAAUUUGAAAUGUCGAGCAAAUCCUGCAAUGAAGAAAUACAACACACCCCCUGACGUUGUGGCACUGAAACAAGAAGAACUGAACAAGCUUCAGCAAAUGAGGGAAUUGUCGACUGAGAUAGAUAGCACUUCAAUUUCAGUUUGUAGCAAAGUUAAGAAAGCUUUGGAGCAGGUAGCUAUGAGUAAAGGACUAUUGAGAGAGUUAAGAUCUAGUUUAGGUGUCGCUGUUGAAGAUAUAGAAAGCUUUGAUGAUCAGAUUACUCCUACCAUGCCAUUUCUAAGUAACGUCCAGCCCUCCAGGUUGCAGCCAGAACAAAACGAGGAGGUCAAAUAUGAUCUUGUAGAUAAGUUUAAUUUUCCGCUAAGAAAAUUCUUUGCUGUUUCUGACAGGGUGGAGGAAGCAAUUCAUUAUCUGAAUCCACUCGUUGAACUUGUUGCCUUGCAAAGAAGAGAGGAUUGGCUUUAUAAAAAGGGUUUCAUAAGGCGAUGCGAAAAUCUCAGAACGGCUGAAACUGAGGUGGAUCUGCUAGGUGAUCAAGUGGAUGUACUUUUAGGCCUACUUGAGAAGAUAUACAGGACACUACAUCAUUAUUCACCUGCGUUGCAACAGUAUUUUGAGGUCUCGGAUAUUUUGAAAAUGAUCGAGGAAGAAUUAAAUGGAGCCGUUCAUGCUUCUGGACAUCAAAAUCAAGAAUUUUCCUCUGGUCAAUACAGGAUCCUUCCCUGUCUGUUUACACCUCACAAUGGAGAAGUUGCAAAAGCUCUUUUCCUUCUCGAGGAUAAACCAAUUCUUCACGAGGCCAUGCUUACCACCAACCAAGAUUUUGAGAGUCUGAAAACUUUUGAUGAUAAAAAUCCGCGAAAGCCAACACUUCUUGACGACAAAGGUGUGAGCAAGCUUCUGGUCCCAAGUAUUGAGGCAAUACUUGCCAAGGUGGAUGCUACUGCCGAAAAAAUGUUGGCCAGAAAACAAAUCAUCCAGCCAAUGCCACCUACAUAUUUUAGAAAUGAGAAAUUUUUUUUUGAUGAGAAGGAUGUGGUGGCGCUGACACAGAAGAAUUUUAGCGAUUUUGUUGCUGCAAAUCAGUAUGUGAUGUUGAAUUUUUAUGCACCAUGGUGUGUUUGGAGUCAGAGGUUAGCACCAGAAUACUCAGCUGCUGCUGCUAUGCUAAAAGGUGAGGCUGUUUUUGCAUACAUAGAUGCCACUGAGGGAAGAGAAUGGAAGAAGAUUUUCAAGAUUAAGGAGUAUCCUACAAUGUAUUUAUUGAUUAAUGGAGGAGCUGAAAAGGUUAUGUAUGAUUUUACUGAUGAGAGGACUAGUGAUGCUAUUGCAACUUGGGUGAGGCAGAAAAUGAGCCUUGUUGUCCAAAAUGUGUCAACACUAGAGGAGGCUGAGAGAAUAUUGGCUGCAAGAUCUGUCUUGGUUAUGGGAUUCUUCGACACUUUAGAGGGUUCUGAUAGCAAAGAGCUUGCUGUGGUGGCGAAAGAGCAGAUUGAUGUGAACUUCUAUCGAACUGCUGAUGCUGAGGUAGCAAGGUUGUUCCAAAUUGACCCACAGAUCAAACGACCUGCAUUGGUCAUGCUGAAGCUGAAGUGGAUGGCAACAAAUCAUAGCCAUUUUGGUUUUGAUGGUCAGUUCACUGGAUCAGAAAUAUCGAACUUUAUAUCCGAAAAUAAACUUUCUUCAGUGAUCACAUUCACAGAAGAAGAUGCUCCCAGUAUUCUUAAGAAUCCUAUCAAACAGUUGUGGCUUUUUGCUUCUUUAUAUCCAAAGGAGGUGCUAAUCCCAUUUGUAGAGGCAGCAGACCAUUUCAAAGGGAAGCUUCUCUUUGUCCAUGUGGAAACUGCAUAUAAUUGUAUGCAAAGUCGAAUUUCUUAUGAAUUUGGAAUUGCUGAAGGUCUUCCAACAGCAUUUGCAGAGAAGUUUCUGGAAGACAAGCUUCCAAGCCAACUGUCUUCAACUCCAGAUGAAGUACUUAUCAGACUCCCAUUCCGUACUCAUAACUCUGGUCCAACUUCCACCGGAUUGCCACUUUAG